AUGUCACCGGCAAGCGCCGAUCCCUUUGGGGCUGCCGAGUCAGGGUCGCAAGGCAACAGCCCUUCCGCCGACGCUCCCCCGUCCGACACGCCGCGGAACAAUAGCGAUAUACCCAAACCGAAGAGACUUGCGUGCAUGAUAUGCCGCAAAAGGAAACUACGAUGCGAUGGCUCGAAACCAAGCUGCAGCACCUGCACAAGACUCGGCCAUACUUGCGCUUACGAUGAAGUGAGGAAAAAGAGUGGCCCGAAAAGGGGCUACGUGAAGGCUUUGGAGGAGAGACUGAAGCAAGUGGAAACGCUGCUGAAGACUCAAGAUCCGUCCACCACUGCCAGCCCCGAAGCAACAAAGACGCCCAACGUCACCCUCGAACAGACCCGAAUCCAACAAGCAUCUGCGACCCCCAAUUUCACCGUUACGAAUCCCGCCAUAGCUAUCGCAAAUGACCGCGAUGCAGAUCGAUGGCAUAUCAAUGGGGAAUCACCGCAAGCCGCUACAGGCAGCGGCGGUUUGGACGACUUCAACUUCGCGGGCAACAUGUCGAUGGGUAUGGACAGCUUAGAUCCAAGUUUUACCUGGGAGAUGAUCGGUCUGGGUCUGGAGGAGCCCCUUCCGCCGCAGGAGACAAUAGAUGAGUUGCACCAGAUAUACUUCGAGAAGAUCCACCCGUCUUUACCGAUGAUUCACAAAUUCAGAUACCUGACGGCAAUGAACUUGGCCCCAAACCAGAGACCGCCAGUGGCACUACGCUACGCGAUUUGGACUCUGGCCUGCUCAGUAACAGAGAAGUACACUGAUCUCAAAGAUCUCUUUUAUCGACGCGCUCGCAAGUAUGUUGAGGGGGACUACAUCAAAGGCUAUGGCGAGCACUUCAUCUCCGUUGCUCACUGCCAGACCCACGUACUGCUUGGUUCGUAUGAGUUCAAGAUGAUGUACUUCCCCAGAGCCUGGAUGAGUACUGGCUCAGCCGUACGCCUGAGUCAGAUGAUCGGAUUGCACCGGCUUGACGGCAAUGGCUUGGAUGUCAAACAAUGCCUCCCAGCCCCCCGUGACUGGACUGAGACGGAAGAGAGGCGGCGUACCUUCUGGAUGGCCUUCUGUCAAGACCGGUAUGCUAGUAUUGGAACAGGGUGGCCCAUGAUGGUUGACGAACGGGAUAUUUCGAGCAAUCUUCCUUCCUCGGAAGAAGCUUUCAACAUGAGCCGCCCAGAGCAAAUGCAGACACUCACCGAGUCCAUGAGCCCAGCUGGGGCGGGCAAGCUGUCAUCAUUUGGGGGUAUUGUGCUGAUGGCGUGCCUAUUUGGUCGCAAUCUCACUCAUCUUCACCGUCCGGAUGCAGACGACCGCGAUCACGACAUGAAUGGCGAGUUUUGGAAGCGUCACAGGAAUAUGGAUAAUAUUCUUCUGAACACCUCCCUCUGCCUGCCAAGCCACCUCAAGCUUCCGGACGGCCUUGGAAAUCCGAACAUUGUCUUCACAAAUAUGAACAUUCAUACAUCGACCAUCUGUCUCCAUCAAGCAGCCAUCUUCAAAGCGGAUAGAAACAGACUCCCGCCCACAGUCAGUGCGGAAAGUAAGGUCCGUUGCAUCACAGCAGCGAACGAGAUUGCGAGUAUCAUGAGGAUGGUCUCUCAUCUCGACCUAUCUGCUAUGAACCCCUUUAUCUCUUUCUGCUUGUAUGUGGCUGCGCGAGUCUUCGUCCAAUUCCUCAAAAGUCGUCCAGACGAUAGCCAGACAGCAGACGCCCUACGAUUCCUUCUCUCAGCCAUGAAUGCGUUGAAGAGGAAGAACCCCCUGACGGAAUCCUUCCUGGUCCAGCUCGACGUCGACUUGGAGGCGCUAGGCUUGAGGAUUCCGAAAUUGAAGUCUGCAUUCCCACGAAGUACAGCCAGUCCUGGACCGCACCCCAGCUUAACCAAGAUGCAAAAGAAUGCGGAUGUAAAUGGACAGCCCAGGUCAGGCAAUGCCGGUACCAUGAACUUCCACGACACGGAUUGCAACUUCCUGAGGACUCCGGGGGAUGACGGCAAUCCGCUCAACGCCCCCAACCUAGUCGAGUCGGAGACGCAUAACCCGAACCAGAUGCCGCAGGGUUGGUAUCCAGGAGAGCAGUUGAUGUCAGGGCGUGGACGCGAAUCUGGAGCUGGUCACGGCAAGGGCGCUGUUUCCUCGAUGCUUUUCGAGGCGGGCGGAUUCGGCGAGAGUCAGAGUAGCGAAACGAAUGACAUAUCCGGCUCGUCGAACCAAGACGGGCAAUCGAACAGGCCAACACCGAACUCGAGUAGCGCGUCAGACCACCGGCAGAGUACGACGGGGACAGGUGCAAUGACGAACUCGGAUAGGCCAUCUUUCGACGCGAGUCCAAAUGGGUCUCGAGCGAUGGAAGUAGCAGCAGCAGCUUACUUUCCCAGCGCAGGCUUUGGCAUGUCCGGCACGGGGCUGUCCCCCGGCGGGACCUUCUCCAUACCAGAUCUUUCCGGGCAUGACUUUUCGGUUCCCGGUGGGUGGGAUAGCGAACAGGCGGGCAUGACGCCAAGGACAGCAGAGGGGAUCAUGCAGGGCAUCAUGAACAUGCCAAUGGAGGAGAUGAAUUGGGACUCUGGUGUGUAG